AUGCAGAGUUGGAACAGAGCCGACUUGAGUAAUAUAGUAAUGGUGAAAAUGGAAUAUGACGAAUUGGACGUUCUUGGAGAUUAUGGUUCACAAGUAUCAAUCAAUUUAUUAAUUUCAAAACGUUUUCCAAUUGAUAAGAUUAUAGGAGAAGAAGAAAUCAAAGAAUUACGAAGCUCAUCCAAAUCCAUAACUUCAAGCAAAAUAGAAAACUUAAUAAACGAUACAUUAUUUACUAAAUUCUCAUUAGAAACAGAUGAAGAAGUAUGGAACAAAGAAAGUAUACCCAAAAAACUAAACCCAUCCAAAAUUUUAGAAACCAUAAAUAUAAGGAAUUGUAAAGAAGAAAAAGGAGGGAAUGGAGAAAGGUUUUGGACUUUAGAUCCAAUCGAUGGAACCAAAGGAUUUUUACGUUCAGAUCAAUAUUUGAUAUUCUUAUCAUUAUCCAUCAAUAAAAAAGUGACCUUAAGUUUUAUAAUUGCACCGAACCUAUCAACGGAUCCGUACCCUUCAAACAUGAAUUCAAUGGAAUUUCAUCAGUUUCAAUCAAAUGGAACGUUUUGUGAAUCUUGGGAAUCUAAUCAUUCAAAUCAAAUCUUAAAUUCAAAAAUGUUAUCACAUUUAAAUUUAUUAAAUCCUAAACCAAUCAGAUUAGAUUCACAAGUUAAAUAUUGUUUGAUUGCAAGAGGUGAUGCAAAUGCUUAUUGA